AUGGCCUCCAGUAGCAGUGGUACUAGCUGCUUUGAGUCUGCUUUGACUUUUCUGGACGAGGGUUUGGAGGCUUGCAGAGAUGAGACAGAUUCUGAUAGCAUGAACCUGAUGACUGAUAUCCGGAACCUCAUGAUGGAGGUAAGAUUAUUGAAAACCUUUGAUCUGUAUUUUAGCAAUUGUAUGGGAAGGGACCAUGAAACUUUGUUGGAACAUGAUCAGAAGGACAACACUAAUACCGAGUCUGAAAGUUUGAGACCUAGUAAAGUUUCAUGCAGAAUUCAAGAACUGGUUAAUAGGAAGACGAAGCGUCUGGUUAGACGGUUUGAGUCUAUUGUAACGCCAACUCUAAGAGACAUCAAAAGGGAGCUCACUGGAUACCACCAAAAUAUUAAGUUGCUUUUUGAGACAGAUAUCAAGGAAUUGUCUAUCAGCAAGUUCUUGGAUGACUACUCCCUGGGGCAGCCUCCAUUGGUUACGGAUUUUAUUGAUUCCCUUUCAGAGAAUCUGAGAUGUUUUCUCCGUAGAAAGCAGGAUUUUGGUAAUACUUUGAAUUAUCUGAUGGAAAUUCUUGAAGAGAAGCUAAUGUUCUUGAAGAGCUUCAUUCCCUUUGCCACGUUGCAGGGUGUUGAGGGGCAGGAAUUGAGGGAUCUGUUGAAUCACGUGGAAGACAUGGGUAUCAAUGCUGCACGCCUGAUUUCCAUAUGUUGGUUUAACCGAGAAGACAAGCAAGUGUGUGAUGAAAUGGUAUCUAAAGUUUCUCAAUUGCUAUACAAGAUUAAUCCUGUUGAUCCACAAGACCGAGCAACAUACAUUAAUGUCCUGACCGCUUCAAAGUUAUCAAAAUCAUCAGACACUUUGGCUCUGGAGAAGAAUAAGCAUAUAGUGGCCGACUUCAUUGAUUGUCUCCUAGACAAUCUUAUGGAGCUACUUCAAAUUGAUACCAAUUUUCUGGCUCUGGAGAGGAAUCAAUUGCUAAAACUCCAAGAGGGUGUAAGAUUUUUGAAUUUCCUUCUCAGGCAGCAGGGGAAGUUCAACGAGCUACAUGAUGAAAUAAAGGGUCUUAUUGGAGAUGCAGUCUGUGAUGCAGGAGUUGUCAUUUUCUCCCUUUCUAAGAAUCAACUGAAAGAAGGCUUUGCUGAGGAAACGGAUCUUGAGCUUUCUCGUUUGCUGAAAAAGCUCAAUUUUAUUCUGACAGAAGUUGCACAAAUUUAUCCGCCACCAUCAUUUAGAUUUCCUCGGACCAAUGAGUUGGGCUCCAUUGAUUUACUCUUGCAAAAUGUCGACGAACUGGCUACUUCUGAGGCUAGUUCAAUUGCUUUCCCAAAGGAUCAAAUCCAAAGAGUUCAAGAAGAUCUCCAAUUCUUAAGAUCUUUCCUGCAGGAAAUAAUGGAGCAGCGCAACCAGAAUAAAGAACUCCAAGCUCUUUGGGAUCGUGUUAUGGAGGUGACAUAUAAUGCAGAGUUAGUCAUAGACUCUAUUGUGAUUGGGGAUAAACCUGAAUGUCUGGAUAACAUUGUCAGGGAUAUCAAGCUUAUGAGAGCUGAGGCCCUGGAAGUACAUGGCAGCAUCAGGUAUGACACUGAAGCUCAGAGUGCUGUCAAGAACUGUAUUCACAUGGAAUCGCAACUCAGUUACCCUGCACCAAAUGAAGUUCUAGUGGGCCUUGACGAAGAGGUAAAGAUGAUCAUCAAUAGACUUACCAGGGGUUCCAAGCAUUUGAAUAUUGUUCCAAUUGUUGGUAUGGCUGGUCUUGGUAAGACAACAUUUGCAAACAAAGUCUACUGUGAUCCUUCAAUUAUAGGCUACUUUCAUAUUCGUGCUUGGUGUACUGUUUCUCAAGUUUACAGCAAGCACAAUUUGUUAGCUAUGAUUUUGUGCAGUAUUAAUUGUAGGAGUCCAGACCAUUAUCUUGAGAUGAAUGAAGAUGAUUUGACUGUAAUGCUCUACCAGAGUUUGAAGAGGAAUAGGUAUCUUAUCAUUUUAGACGAUGUGUGGGACAUUAAGGCAUGGAAUAUGUUGGAAAGAUCAUUGCCAGAUGAUACCAACGGAAGCAGGAUUCUCUUCACCAGCAGGUUUCAGAAUUUGACUUCGCAAUUUAGUGAUUGCGAGCCUUUCCAUCUCCGACAACUUACUGUUGAAGAGUGUUUUGUGUUGCUUCAGAGGAAGAUAUUUGGCAAAAAAGGUUGUCUUCCAGCACUAAUAAAAGUUUUAACGCAAAUAGCAAAUAAAUGCAAGGGGCUACCUUUCACAGUAGUCAUUGUUGCUGGAAUUCUUUCAAGUAUUGAGCCAGAUUGCUGGCAGGAUUUUGCAAACAGUCUUAGUUCCAGCACUGUAAUUGAGACCAAUCUAUUGGAGUUGGGUUACAGUUAUUUACCCGAUUAUUUGAAACCAUGCCUUCUUUACUUUGGCACAUUUCCAGAGGAUGAGAAUAUUCCUGUCCGAAGGUUGUUCUUGCUUUGGGUCUCUGAAGGAUUCGUGCAAAAGACUGAAGGAAAGACCUUAGAGGAUGUGGCUGAUGACUACUUGAAGAAUUUGGUUAAUAGAAGUUUAGUUAUUGUUACCCAACAGAGAACUAUAGGUGGUGCCAAAGCUUGCCGAAUUCAUGAUUUGGUACGUGAGUUUUGUGUAACAAAAGCCAAGGAAGAAAGUUUUCUUCAUAUCUUACAUGGGUAUAAUGAUCUUUGUACUUUUGCUGGACCCUGCAACCCCCAUCGAGUAUUCAUUUAUGAUUCCACGAUAGAGGGGCUUAAAGAGUCAAAGCUGUUUUUUCCCAAUUUACGUUGUUUGCUCUUCCGUGCUAAUGUCUUCAUUACUAGCAAUAGGAUAUCUACAGUGCUGUUUCAUUGUUCACUCGGGGUUCUGAUAUUUAAGUUUCUUAGAUUGUUGGACCUGGGGGAGUUUAGUCUUGGCAAAAGUUUUCCGAUGGAAGUAGUGUUGCUUGUUCACUUGAGAUACUUGGCCAUUCGAUCAGAACUGUUAUCAAUCCCAGAUGCAAUAGCCAACCUCUCAAGGUUAGAAACACUUCUGAUUAGAGGGUCUCAAGAUGUUCGGCUGCCAAACACCAUCUGGACUAUUAAGACAUUGAGGCAUUUAUUUAUAACAAGAUCCAAUGGUUAUGGUUCCAGGUGUGGUUUUAUUUUUCCCAACAAUCUGGAAGGCUCCCCGGAUUUAGAACAUCUAGUUACUUUGACCCUGGCGAUUGAUCCCUCUUACCAAAGCUUGCAAAAGAUACUGAAAAAGUUGCCAAGCAUCCGAAGGCUAAGAUGUGCAGGACUCAGAUAUCGUGGCAAUGGGAUUCUCAUGCUGGACCAUUUGAGUCAAGUAGAAUCACUUAAGGUGCAUCGAUUUGAUGGAUAUCACUUUCAUUUCCCAUCGAAUUUGAGAAAGUUGACUCUCUCAUUUACUUCUAAGCCGUGGAGUGAAAUUUCAACAAUUGGUAAGCUGACCAAGCUUGAAGUGCUCAAGUUAAACCGUGAAUCCUUUGUGGGAAGGAAAUGGGAAAUGAAAGAAGGGGAGUUCCCUAAGCUCCGAAUCUUGAAACUGUCAGAGUUGGACAUCCGUUGGUGGACUGCAACAUCUUCUGAUCAUUUUUCCUGUCUUGAGAAAUUGGCUUUGCAUGGUUGUAAGAAGCUGGAAGAGCUCCCUUCUUGUUUAGGGGAAUCUGCGCCUCUUGUAAUGAUUGAGGUGAAAGGGUGCGAGUCUGCUGAAAGUUCUGUGAAGCAAAUUGGAGAAGAACAGAUGGAAAAUGGAAAUGAGGGUCUAAAGAUUGAUAUUCGAAGUUAUUGGUGA